AUGCAGGCCAACUUGGUGGUGCAGGAGAAUCGCUACGUCCUGGCCAUGCAGGACCUGCAGAAGGCCCAGGCUGAGCUGGACGACAAGCAAGCAGAGCUCGAUGUGGUGCAGGCAGAGUAUGAACAGGCCAUGACUGAAAAGCAGACCUUGCUUGAAGAUGCAGAGCGGUGCAGACAUAAGAUGCAGACAGCUUCCACACUCAUCAGUGGCUUGGCUGGUGAAAAAGAGCGAUGGACAGAGCAAAGUAAAGAGUUUGCUGCACAAGCAAAGCAACUCGUAGGGGACGUAUUGUUGGCUACGGCUUUUCUAUCUUAUUCUGGUCCAUUUAAUCAAGAGUUUCGAGAUCUGCUGUUAAAUGAUUGGAAGAAGGAAAUGAAAACCCGGAAAAUUCCAUUUAGAAAUGAUCUAAAUCUCAAUGAGAUGUUGAUUGAUGCUCCCACUAUCAGUGAAUGGAACCUCCACGGUCUGCCAAAUGAUGACCUGUCCAUUCAGAAUGGAAUUAUAGUCACAAAGGCAUCUCGUUAUCCUUUGCUAAUCGAUCCACAGACUCAAGGCAAGAUCUGGAUUAAAAAUAAAGAAAACCAAAAUGAACUCCAGGUCACAUCUCUAAAUCACAAGUACUUCCGAAACCACCUGGAAGACAGCCUUUCUCUUGGAAGGCCCUUGCUUAUUGAAGACAUUGGGGAGGAACUGGAUCCAGCUCUGGAUAAUGUUUUGGAAAGAAACUUCAUUAAAACUGGGUCUACCUUUAAGGUGAAAGUUGGUGACAAGGAAGUAGAUGUCAUGAAUGGCUUCAGACUCUACAUUACCACCAAACUUCCCAAUCCAGCCUACACCCCAGAAAUAAGUGCUCGGACCUCCAUUAUUGACUUCACUGUCACCAUGAAAGGUCUGGAAGACCAGUUACUAGGGAGAGUCAUUCUCACAGAGAAGCAGGAAUUGGAGAGAGAGAGAAUUCAUCUUAUGGAAGAUGUAACUGCAAACAAAAGAAGGAUGAAGGAACUGGAAGAUAGUUUGCUGUUGCGCCUAACGAGUACUCAGGGGUCCCUGGUGGAAGAUGAGAGUCUCAUUGCUGUGCUGAGCAACACCAAAAAGACAGCAGAAGAGGUGACACAGAAGUUGGAAAUUUCUGCUGAGACAGAAAUUCAAAUUAAUUCGGCUCGGGAGGAAUACAGACCUGUUGCUACACGGGGCAGCACCCUUUACUUCCUCAUCACGGAGAUGCGCUUGGUUAAUGAGAUGUAUCAGACUUCGCUCCGUCAGUUUCUGGGCCUGUUUGACCUUUCUUUAGCCAGGUCCGCCAAGAGCCCAAUUCCUAGCAAGAGGAUUGCUAAUAUCAUCGAGCACAUGACCUAUGAGGUUUAUAAGUGUGCUGUCCGAGGGUUGUACGAGGAACACAAAUUCCUGUUCACUUUGUUGCUAACCCUAAAGAUUGACAUCCAGAGGAACCGAGUCAAGCAUGAUGAGUUUCUCACUCUUAUUAAAGGUGGUGCCUCACUGGAUCUUAAAACCUGUCCUCCAAAACCAUCAAAAUGGAUCCUGGACAUGACUUGGCUGAAUUUGGUGGAACUUAGCAAACUUAGACAGUUUUCAGAUGUCCUUGAUCAGAUAUCAAGAAAUGAGAAAAUGUGGAAAGUAUGGUUUGAUAAGGAAAAGCCGGAGGAGGAGCCUCUUCCUAAUGCCUAUGAUAAAUCUCUGGACUGCUUCAGACGCCUUCUCCUUAUUAGGUCAUGGUGUCCUGAUAGAACCAUUGCCCAGGCCCGCAAGUACAUCAUGGACUCAGUGGGAGAAAAGUAUGCAGAAGGAGUUAUCCUGGAUUUGGAAAAGACAUGGGAGGAAUCUGAUCCACGGACACCACUCAUUUGUCUUCUGUCUAUGGGCUCAGACCCCACAGAUUCCAUCAUUGCCUUGGGAAAGAGAUUAAAAAUAGAAACCCGUUAUGUGUCCAUGGGCCAGGGCCAGGAGGUCCAUGCUCGAAAACUCUUGCAGCAGACCAUGGCAAAUGGAGGAUGGGCGCUUUUGCAGAACUGCCAUCUGGGACUUGAUUUCUUGGAUGAGCUAAUGGACAUAAUCACAGAAACUGAGUCUGUACAUGGUGCUUUCCGUCUGUGGAUGACAACUGAGGUUCACAGGCAGUUUCCCAUUACACUUCUUCAGAUGUCCAUUAAAUUUGCCAAUGAGCCUCCACAGGGCCUCCGGGCAGGACUAAAAAGAACAUAUGGUGGUGUGAGCCAAGACCUGCUGGAUGUGAGCACCGGGGCCCAGUGGAAGCCCAUGUUGUACGCAGUUGCCUUUCUGCACUCCACCAUCCAGGAGAGACGCAAGUUUGGUCCCCUGGGGUGGAAUAUCCCCUAUGAGUUUAAUCAAGCAGACUUCAAUGCCACUGUGCAGUUUAUCCAAAAUCACUUCGAUGACAUGGACAUCAAAAAGGGUGUCUCCUGGAUCACCAUCCGCUACAUGAUAGGAGAGAUUCAAUAUGGAGGUAGAGUCACUGACGACUAUGAUAAGAGAUUGCUGAACACAUUUGCAAAGGUUUGGUUCAGUGAAAACAUGUUUGGGCCAGAUUUCAGCUUUUACCAAGGAUACAAUAUUCCAAAAUGCAGCACGGUGGAUAAUUAUCUACAAUAUAUUCAGAGUUUGCCUGCCUAUGACAGCCCAGAGGUGUUUGGGCUACACCCCAAUGCUGACAUUACCUACCAGAGCAAGCUGGCCAAGGGUGUGCUGGAUGCCAUCCUGGGCAUUCAACCCAAGGACAGCUCUGGUGGAGGGGAUGAGACCCGGGAGGCUGUGGUAGCCCGCCUGGCUGAUGACAUGCUGGAGAAACUACCCCCAGACUACAGCCCUUUCGAAGUGAAAGAGAGGCUGCAGAAGAUGGGGCCUUUCCAACCAAUGAACAUUUUCCUCAGGCAGGAGAUAGACAGAAUGCAGAGGGUGCUUAGCCUUGUCCGCAGCACCCUGACUGAGCUAAAACUUGCUAUCGAUGGCACCAUUAUCAUGAGUGAAAAUCUGCGAGAUGCAUUGGAUUGCAUGUUUGAUGCCAGAAUCCCUGCUCAGUGGAGAAAAGCAUCCUGGGUUUCGAGUACUCUGGGUUUCUGGUUUUCUGAGCUUCUGGAAAGAAGCAGCCAGCUUACAUCUUGGAUCUUCAGCGGCCGACCCCUCUGCUUCUGGAUGGCAGGCUUCUUCAAUCCCCAAGGGUUUUUAACUGCAGUGAAACAGGAAAUAACUCGGGCCAACGAAGGCUGGGCUCUGGACAAUAUGGUGCUUUGCAAUGACGUCACCAAGUGCAUGAAGGACGACAUUUCUUUCCCUCCCACAGAAGGUGUCUAUGUCUACGGCUUAUAUCUUGAAGGUGCUGGUUGGGACAAAAGGAACACGAAACUCAUCGAAUCAAAACCGAAAGUGCUUUUUGAGUUGAUGCCUGUCAUAAGGAUUUAUGCAGAAAACAACACUGUAAAAGAUCCUCGGUUUUAUUCCUGCCCCAUCUACAAGAAGCCAGUUCGAACAGAUUUGAACUACAUCGCUGCUGUGGACCUCAGGACAGCCCAGGCCUCUGAACAUUGGGUGCUCCGUGGGGUUGCCCUUCUCUGUGAUGUCAAGUGAUAUGGGAGUAUCCCCUACCCAAGAUUUUAGAAAAUGCAAGAUCCAAAGCUAUCGUAACCUUUAUUUCUGAGUGCUGGGCAGUGUAUCAAUCAGGUUGCUUGUGCAAUUAAGGAGCUGCCUGCUCCCUUAACCCCUCCAACUCCUUAGCUGGAUGCUUAGUUACAUUUUACCUGUUUCAUCAUUAGUGUCCAACCUCAGUGUUUUUUAAAAAAAGUUACUAAGUGAUUUAAAGUUAAAACAUACAACUUCCUAAUAAAGUGUGGCCCUCAAAUCUUCAAUGAUACAUUUUCUUCUUGCUUCACUCUGAGGCUCUGA